AUGGCUAUUCCUUCCAGUUAUUUGUCCUCUAUCCCAAUUCUCACUGGGAUACCUAUCGAGAAAUGGGUGGAAGAUUUGGAGCUGCAUUUGGGUCUUCUAGACUUAGACUUGGCACUAAGGGAGCCUAAACCUAGCCCUCUCACUGAUAGUAGUACCACUGAGGAAAAGGCCAAGUUUGAGAAAUGGGAUAAUGCAAACAGAAAGUGCAUUUUAGUUGUGAAAAAGGCAGUUCCUGAGACUAUACGUGGGAAUGUAGAAGUCAAAGAUACUGCUGUAGAGUUCCUGAAUGCUAUAAAGGCUAGGUUUGAACUUAACACAAAAGCUGAAUCAAGUGACUUGAUGAGUAAACUUAUGAAUCCUCAUUAUGAUGGAGGGUGUUAG